GCCCGCCGUGACGCGGUGGCGGAAGCGGGCGCGGCGCGGGCCGCCGCCGGUGGCGAGGCCAGGGGAGCGGUGCCACCGCCAUGGAGUUCCCGGACCUGGGCGCACACUGCUCCUGGCCGGCCUGCCAGCGCCUAGACUUUCUCCCCCUGAAGUGUGAUGCCUGCGAGCAGAUCUUCUGCACCGACCACGUCGCUUACGCCCAGCACAACUGCACCUCUGCCUACAAGAAGGAUGUGCAGGUUCCUGUGUGUCCCCUCUGCAACACCCCAGUGCCCGUGAGGCGGGGGGAGAUGCCUGAUGUUGUGGUGGGUGAACACAUCGACCGUGACUGCAAGUCUGACCCUGCGCAGCGCAAGCGCAAGAUCUUCACCAACAAGUGUUUGAAGCCUGGCUGCAAGCAGAAGGAGAUGAUGAAGGUGAUCUGUGACCAGUGCCACAAGAACUACUGCCUAAAGCACCGGCACCCCCUGGACCACGACUGCAGCGGGGCAGGGCAUCCCCUCUCCAAAGCAGGGCACGCUGCAGUUGCAAGGGCCCAGGCAUCCUCCUCCAAAACAGUUGCUGCAGCAAGCAGUGGAGCUGCCCGGCCAGCAGACAGCCCCUCUUCUCCUGCCUCUGCCCGAGGAGGCAGAGCAGCUACAUCACAGACCCGCAGCACCUCCCCUCCUGCUGUUGUGCUGCAGAAUGGGCUGAGCGAGGAAGAGGCGCUGCAGCGAGCUCUGGAGAUGUCCCUGGCUGAGUCAGCAGGCAGCUCAGUGCAGCCACCCAGGCGCAGGGGUCGAAGCCGUCCAACUGCAGCAUGUCGUAGGCAGCGAGGCAGAGGGUGGCCGGCGGAUGGGGGAUCCCACGCGGAUGCCACAGCCUUCAUCCUGAUGGCCCCUCGCCAGGGACGGCUCAUCUCCCUGGGGGCCAUGAGCGAGCUACCAAAGGCACAUUGACAGACACCUCAGCCCUGGAUUAAAGCAGUGCAGCCACUCGCCAAUGCUCCAGGAGCGGUGAAGGUGCUGCGGGCAGGGGCUGAGCACACGCUGACCAAAGCAAGCGGCAGCUCGGGGCCUGCACUUGGCCACAGCUGCUGCGGGACCCUGGGCUCAGCAGCGCUGCGUGGGGACAGCUCGGCAUGCUGUGGGCUGAGGCUGCCCGCAGGGGCGGCUGGGAGCUGCAUUUCAUGCUGUGGGGGCGGCUGGGAGCUGCAUUUCAUGCUGCAGGGAGGGCUGUGCCAGCCCCUCAGCAAAGAGCAGCUGUGGCUGGGACGGUCCCUGGUGUGGGCACGGCCCGGCUGAACACACGGACUCCCCUGCUCCCCAUGCCCUCGGUGCCUCCUCCCCUGCUUUGCAUGCACAAGAGCACGUUGGGCCUUAGCCACCUCAGCUGGUGCCCAGGACCUCUCUGAGACUGAGUGAAGCUGUGUCUCCUUUCUGGUUUAAUUUAAGAAGGGCCAUUAACUGCCAAGUAACCUCAGCAGUGAUCUGAUUGUGCCAGCAGUGCUUGUGCAAAAGCAUUGCAGCUGCCUUCCUGCUGCUGGCUGCUCCCUGCUGCCCUGAUCCAGCUCAGGGCUGUGGUUUACUGCUGCUGGGGCAGGAAUGCUUCCCCUCCUUCCAGACGUGCUGCAGGUGUCUCACUCCUGGGUAGCAGCAGCACAGAGUUCCUUCUUGCAAACAGCCCCUCCUGGCUGAUGUUUGGAGGCAGGAGCUGACGCCACCUGGGCUGGGACACUUAUCCUGUUGCUCUCUUGCAGGGGAGGCUGCAGCUGUGCAGAGCAGUGCUGCUUCUCCUCAGCUCCUGUCUGCCAGACUGUGCCUGGCUCUGCACAGGGCUGGGCUGUCCCAAAAUGGGGUUGUCUGCUGGCAGUGUUUCCCCAGGGCAGGGAGGUGGGGUCACGCUGGGCUGAAGGGAAGGGUGAGGCUUGACAACAGUGCUGCUUGGGAGAAAAUAAAAGCAUGACAGAAGGUGCA